AUGAGUGUAUCUGGUGGAAAGAUUGCCCCGUUGGCCACAGUGAGCAACACUGUUGAACAGAAGAGAUCGUAUGGUACCUUGGAGCCAUCCGGGGAAACCACCGAUCAAAAGAAUCCAUUUCUGGACCCGGAUGUCGCAGAAUACUGGCGUACAGUAUACGAAAAAGCGCAAUAUGAAUGUCGCCAUGUGUUCGACCCUGCACUCACUUGGCCGGAGGAAGAAGAGAGACGCCUGGUGCGAAAACUAGAUUGGAGGAUUUGUCUGUGGGCUGUAUGUGACAUGCUCUCUUCCAAGGUUUGCCUUCCAGAGCUUUCGAUUAGAAUUAACAUCUCAACAUAG